UGUUUCCGCGGUUUCGAGCGUGGGCCAAACCGAUUCUGAAACUCCGCCAUAAAAAAGAGAUCGAAACCCAUUUGGAAGGAGCCCUAGAUUUUUGUUUGAUUCUUCGCUCUCGUUCUCGUCGCAUCGCGUUCCGAUUGGUAUUUCACAAUGGCGGCUAUACCUGUUAACCCAAAGCCUUUCCUGAAUAACUUGACUGGGAAACCCGUGAUUGUGAAACUUAAGUGGGGAAUGGAGUACAAAGGUUAUCUUGUCUCGGUGGAUUCCUACAUGAACUUGCAGCUUGCCAACACCGAGGAAUACAUUGAUGGGCAGUUUACAGGAAACCUCGGGGAAAUUCUGAUAAGAUGCAACAAUGUGCUGUACCUUCGAGGUGUGCCAGAGGAUGAGGAAAUUGAAGAUGCAGAUUGAUGACAAACAAUAGUCCAUGUUCCCAGUCUGCGAGUUUCUUCUUCGUGAGAACUACCUACUUCCAUUUGUUCUACCUUAUUAGAUGUUUAAUAGUGGAAACAUGUUCUUCUGUUGGAGAUCAGUGAUCAGUGAACCUGUUUUAGUGUUAAAUGUAUUAUGAUAUUCCGAUUAUGCAAAGUUCUACCUUUUCCUGGUCAAAUUUUGUUUUGAUGGUAUUGGCUUCA